GUACCUAUAACAUGUCAUAAUGGCAGGAAUCGUAUGCUGGGAGAGAGUGUUGUCAUGUCCUCAAAGGUAACAGUACCUAUAACAUGUCAUAAUGGCAGGAAUCGUAUGCUGGGAGAGAGUGUUGUCAUGUCCUCAAAGGUAACAGUACCUAUAACAUGUCAUAAUGGCAGGAAUCGUAUGCUGGGAGAGAGUGUUGUCAUGUCCUCAAAGGUAACAGUACCUAUAACAUGUCAUAAUGGCAGGAAUCGUAUGCUGGGAGAGAGUGUUGUCAUGUCCUCAAAGGUAACAGUACCUAUAACAUGUCAUAAUGGCAGGAAUCGUAUGCUGGGAGAGAGUGUUGUCAUGUCCUCAAAGGUAACAGUACCUAUAACAUGUCAUAAUGGCAGGAAUCGUAUGCUGGGAGAGAGUGUUGUCAUGUCCUCAAAGGUAACAGUACCUAUAACAUGUCAUAAUGGCAGGAAUCGUAUGCUGGGAGAGAGUGUUGUCAUGUCCUCAAAGGUAACAGUACCUAUAACAUGUCAUAAUGGCAGGAAUCGUAUGCUGGGAGAGAGUGUUGUCAUGUCCUCAAAGGUAACAGUACCUAUAACAUGUCAUAAUGGCAGGAAUCGUAUGCUGGGAGAGAGUGUUGUCAUGUCCUCAAAGGUAACAGUACCUAUAACAUGUCAUAAUGGCAGGAAUCGUAUGCUGGGAGAGAGUGUUGUCAUGUCCUCAAAGGUAACAGUACCUAUAACAUGUCAUAAUGGCAGGAAUCGUAUGCUGGGAGAGAGUGUUGUCAUGUCCUCAAAGGUAACAGUACCUAUAACAUGUCAUAAUGGCAGGAAUCGUAUGCUGGGAGAGAGUGUUGUCAUGUCCUCAAAGGUAACAGUACCUAUAACAUGUCAUAAUGGCAGGAAUCGUAUGCUGGGAGAGAGUGUUGUCAUGUCCUCAAAGGUAACAGUACCUAUAACAUGUCAUAAUGGCAGGAAUCGUAUGCUGGGAGAGAGUGUUGUCAUGUCCUCAAAGGUAACAGUACCUAUAACAUGUCAUAAUGGCAGGAAUCGUAUGCUGGGAGAGAGUGUUGUCAUGUCCUCAAAGGUAACAGUACCUAUAACAUGUCAUAAUGGCAGGAAUCGUAUGCUGGGAGAGAGUGUUGUCAUGUCCUCAAAGGUAACAGUACCUAUAACAUGUCAUAAUGGCAGGAAUCGUAUGCUGGGAGAGAGUGUUGUCAUGUCCUCAAAGGUAACAGUACCUAUAACAUGUCAUAAUGGCAGGAAUCGUAUGCUGGGAGAGAGUGUUGUCAUGUCCUCAAAGGUAACAGUACCUAUAACAUGUCAUAAUGGCAGGAAUCGUAUGCUGGGAGAGAGUGUUGUCAUGUCCUCAAAGGUAACAGUACCUAUAACAUGUCAUAAUGGCAGGAAUCGUAUGCUGGGAGAGAGUGUUGUCAUGUCCUCAAAGGUAACAGUACCUAUAACAUGUCAUAAUGGCAGGAAUCGUAUGCUGGGAGAGAGUGUUGUCAUGUCCUCAAAGGUAACAGUACCUAUAACAUGUCAUAAUGGCAGGAAUCGUAUGCUGGGAGAGAGUGUUGUCAUGUCCUCAAAGGUAACAGUACCUAUAACAUGUCAUAAUGGCAGGAAUCGUAUGCUGGGAGAGAGUGUUGUCAUGUCCUCAAAGGUAACAGUACCUAUAACAUGUCAUAAUGGCAGGAAUCGUAUGCUGGGAGAGAGUGUUGUCAUGUCCUCAAAGGUAACAGUACCUAUAACAUGUCAUAAUGGCAGGAAUCGUAUGCUGGGAGAGAGUGUUGUCAUGUCCUCAAAGGUAACAGUACCUAUAACAUGUCAUAAUGGCAGGAAUCGUAUGCUGGGAGAGAGUGUUGUCAUGUCCUCAAAGGUAACAGUACCUAUAACAUGUCAUAAUGGCAGGAAUCGUAUGCUGGGAGAGAGUGUUGUCAUGUCCUCAAAGGUAACAGUACCUAUAACAUGUCAUAAUGGCAGGAAUCGUAUGCUGGGAGAGAGUGUUGUCAUGUCCUCAAAGGUAACAGUACCUAUAACAUGUCAUAAUGGCAGGAAUCGUAUGCUGGGAGAGAGUGUUGUCAUGUCCUCAAAGGUAACAGUACCUAUAACAUGUCAUAAUGGCAGGAAUCGUAUGCUGGGAGAGAGUGUUGUCAUGUCCUCAAAGGUAACAGUACCUAUAACAUGUCACAAUGGCAGGAAUCGUAUGCUGGGAGAGAGUGUUGUCAUGUCCUCAAAGGUAACAGUACCUAUAACAUGUCAUGUUGGCAGGAAUCGUAUGCUGGGGGAGAGUGUUGUCAAGUCCUCAAAGACUGUUAAGGAACUAGAGAAGGAACUGCUGCACGGACAGAGUUUCCAAGGACCCCUGGUGGCUCGGGAAAUCUACCACAUCCUGGAGACCAAACACAUGCUUGAGCAGUUCCCAAUGUUUAUGGCCAUACACAAGAUCUGCGAGAGAGAGAUGGAUCCCAGUCAAUUUGUAUCGUGUCUUCGUAACCACCCGGAGCAUAUGUAGUUUUAGAUUAAACUGUCUUUUAGUUUGUGAUAAUGGUGCAUAAUAUUGAACCUACCGGUAUAGAGUUUUGUUUAAUCAAAUCUAAAAAUGAAAUAUAACCAUAGCUCUUCUUUUGAAACAUUUUAAAACAACAUGCUUGGUUCUGAAAGUAAAGCCAGUAUAAGUUAUUAUUCCUACUUUUCCCUUAGGUACAUAUAUUUGAUAGUAAACUGGAUGUGUUCAACUGUGAAAAGUUAAACACAUUGAAAUUGAUGAUUUUGUCCCGAUGCUAUAAUAAAUUUCCUUCCAUAACUCACAGCUAGUAUAAUGUAUCCACACUGUCCUCAUAUUGUUAUUAUUGCAGCUACAUGUACAUUGUUUUAUAAUAUAUAUAUAUUCUAUUGUUACUUUUAUGGGAGUGUUAUUUAUAAGGACACUCUAUACUCCUCAAGUACACUCGGAGUGUGAUAAUACAUGCAUCUACGCUUGUCAACAAAUUAAUUAAUUAAUUUACCACUUAUUGAAAGCCUCCUGUUUGAUCAGCCUUACCUCCAGUCACUAUAAACUAAAACAAAAGUUAUUCACAUGAAUAUCCCUUGAUUUCAGUUUCAGGUGCUUUUUAUUCAGUGAAAGGAGAUGAGCAGGAGAUAUUCUGUAUGAUAUAAAUGUAGAUAAUGUUGAUGGCAUAAUUAUAUAUAUGAUACAAUGAAUCAGUAGUUAGAUAGGACAGCUCAGGUGAUCAUCAAUGUCCAUGGGAAGUUUGUUAGAUCACCUGGCCCGAGUGAGGUAUUGUCAACUGUUGCUUUAAUUUAUGUAAGAUCACCUGACACUAAGGGCCAGGCAAACUUUUUUUUACUAUCAAGGUUGUUUGAAUGAAUGACCUUUGCUCACUAUCAAGGUCACAGGGGUCAAAUUUUUUAAACCUUUAAAGGACAUCUAAUAAUGGAGAGACCUGCAAACAUUUAGGCUUCUUGAUACGCCUGAUAUAUUUAUGCUUGGAUGAAGGACUAUCAAUGACCUUUAGCCACUAGGAAGAUUUGCCCUUUUUGGCCCAGCCCUCUGCCUCAGAGAGGCACACCUUUGUUUGAGGCAGCAAUGAGUUUCUUUGGCCCAAAGAUGUCCCAGAGAAAAUUUGGAUAAGAUCACUUCAUUCCUAGAGAAUUAAAUGAUUUUAAAGAUUAUUUGCACUACUUUUUAUUUGGAAGAUAUUCUUUAUUGUUAUGAAAUCAAUUCUGUCACAUUCACUGAAGUCCUUCACUUGUAGACAAAGGUUACAUUCACACAUAUCCUAAAUUGUCUCAAGACUGAAGCUGUAAAGAUGAAACAAACACAUUUCUGUCAGAUCUAUUUCAAGCACACAUACCGUACACAUUAGACUUAGGACUGGGUGUCAUACUGACUGGUGAGCAAGCCCACAUACACAUUAUACUUAGGACUGGGUGUCAUACUGUGUAGUGAGCAAGCACACAUACACAUUAGACUUAGGACUGAGUGCCAUACUGACUGGUGAGCAAGCACACAUACACAUUAGACUUAGGACUGGGUGCCAUACUGACUGGUGAGCGAGCACACAUACAUUAGACUUAGGACUGAGUGCCAUACUGACUGGUGAGCUUUACUGGUAAGAGGGGUCGAUCUAUUGUUUGGCAGUCAGUAAUUGGUCCCCCCACUGGUUCCCCGGAGGAACUAUAUGUUUGCACUCCGUCUGGCCUUCCGUCUGAGAAGUUUGUGCGGGACAUAUCUUCUAUACUAUUUCACCUGGAGUAACUAGAUUAGGUGUACAAGAACUUCUUGGGAUGGCAGAGUGCAAGAACUAGGUCACUGUGACCUAUGACUUGACCUUUGACUUUUACUUUUGAAAAUGUUUGUCCGGGCCAUAUCUUCUAUACUAUUUUACCUGGAGUAACCAGAUUUGGUGUACAAGGACAUCUUGGAAUGGCAGAGUGCAAAAAUAAGGUCACUAUAACCUCACUGUGACCUAUGCUUCUUGACAUAAGUGUGGGUCGGGACUAUGGAUUGCUCUGUUUUCAUACAAUCUAUUUUCAUCCUUUCUCUUUAUUAUGUUAAUUAAGUCAAAUGUUCAGUGCUUUGUUAAAAACACCAAAAGAAACAAAUAUGUAACUGCAUAUUAUAAGAGAUAUCUUGGAAUUAUUUCUGAAUUGUUUUAAUUGUUUUGAAUUUUGGUUAGUCUGUGAUUUUUACUCUUUGCUUUAUUUACAUUGUACAAAGGAAUAUGAAGAUAGAUGUUUGAACCUUGCUUAAUGUCGCUGUCAAAUCAUGAGACAAACAUAAUAUGAUAUAUAAGAUGUUAUGGCAGAUAUUUUUACAUAUUCUUUAUUUGUUUUACUAAACCACGGUUUCCAAAGUUUAUAUACAAUCAUUUAUAAAUUCUAUUUAUAUACGAUAAGUUGGCAGAUUUGUUGUUUAUAUGCUAUUAUAUUAUAUUGUUAUGUUACAAAGGUAGUAACUACCCGGUAGCUGGUAUUACUAGUUAAAGUGACCUGCUAUGUAGUUACAUAUAGAUUAUAUUUAAUCAUGUUGAGAGUAAGGUUUGAACAAAUAAAUGUUUUUAUGGUAUAUUGUUGAUCUUAUAGAAGAGUCCCAGCGGUAGAACCAUGCCACUGUUGCAGUCCUUAUUGACCCUAUGGAAAGUUCACAUGAAUGUGAUUACUGUUUGUUUAUGUUACAUUGAUUUUGUAUUAAAUUGCUGUAAACUGAA